AUGGAAAACGACCUGAAGGAAGAACUGAAUAGAAGAAUGAGAGCAGCAUUCGCAGCCGUCAGGGAAGCCACGGACCAACUGACGGACCAAGAUCUUCGUGCCCAUCUGUUCGACUCGACAGUCCUUCCGGCGCUCUCUUACGCAGCGGAGACGUGGGCAGACACCGCGGCCACGUCUAGGGAGCUACAUACUACCCACAGAGCCCUUGAGAGAUGUCUCCUAGGAAUGUCCCGUCUUCGCGAUCCAGCGGAAUAUGUAUCGAAAGCAAAACAUAGAUGGGCUGGUCACAUCAUGAGAAGAAUCGACGAUAGAUGGACUAAAAGAACGCUAGAGUGGAUCCCAAGGAACGCCAAACGCCCCCGAGGGAGACCGCCAACGAGAUGGGGUGACGUGUUCGCUGCACGGAUAGACCAGCUGAGAGCUCAGCUGGAUACGGCUCAAGGACCUCGUCAGCGUCACUCACGAAGCUUGAGAACACCUUGGAUGACAAUGGCGAGGGAACGAAACGAGUGGAAGAGAUGCUGGGGCCCGCACGUCCAGUGA